UCGAGGUUCCCCCUCACAUCUGGGAAGACGCUAAUCAACUGAGAGAGCAUCAAUGCACACGGUGCGAACCGGGGAAAUACUCGACGUUUAGCGCGUUCGGCGAACCUGCGGGAGUGGACGGUGACUAGGAGCUGCGGGGUUUUCCUCAUCGCUUUCCAGUCCUCAUUUGGGUGGAGUCGACCCCGUUUUUUCUGAUACACUGAAGUCUGACCAUUGGCACAAUUAAGGAAACAAUCAUGAAGGACGGAAUGGCUAAUAACAGCACCGCCAGCAUCUCACAGGCCCGAAAAGCUGUGGAGCAACUCAAGAUGGAGGCCUGUAUGGACAGGAUAAAGGUGUCCAAGGCUGCAGCGGAUCUUAUGGCAUAUUGUGACGCACAUAUACGAGAGGACCCGCUCAUCGUGCCCGUUCCUGCGUCAGAAAACCCCUUCAGAGAGAAGAAGUUCUUCUGCACCAUCCUCUGAGGUCGUGCUGCAGGUUCCACCGCGAGGUUUCCACAUCCCUGGCUGCUGCCAUUGAGCGCAUUUGACUGCCAGCCGCAUCUGUUGAUGGUUCGACCCCUCCUGACGGCCUCUGGGGGGGUUUUGGGGGGGGUCGCUCAACUGGCAACCCAGUCAGAGCGUUUCAUGUCUCGUUAAAUAGGUUUGUUAUUGCUUCGUGAUUAGAGAAAAGCCUUUCUUACUGCUUCAUGAGAUGAGAGAAUUUUGUCUUUUGUUUAGUUUCGCUUCUAGUUGAAACCCUGCCGAGUGGUCAUUUUGUAAUGUAUUUAGACAUUUUUAUAAACUAGACACCUCUUGUUUGAUGUACACUACCAGUCAAAACUUUGGACACACUGACUCAAAUGUUUCCGUGAUCUUUAAAACCUUAAAUGCUUAAAUUAUUGAAACUAGUUUUCUGUACAAAAAUGAACGCCAGCGCUUUAAUUUCUUUAAAUGUAUGUGUUGGAGCGGAUAGUGAAAGAAAAGCAGUCAUCAAGUGUCCAGGAUGAAGUUGAAAUCUAGAAUCUAAAGGCCAAAACAUACUCUACGCAACUACAUGAACGUAGAUGCUUCCAGCUCGUUGCGUUCUGUAAUGUGUCAGACUGCAAUUCAUAAUGUUGCCACAAGGGGUGAUAUAAGAUUAGUGUGAUCUGUCCACUUUUAUGGUGAAUUUUCUCUUUCUCUUCAACUACUGUCACAGCGGAGAAACCGUUUGAAGAGUAUAUCGCUGAGCAAGUAAGUUAAAGUUGAUAUAUUUAUUAGGGCUGUCAAUCGAAUACAUUUUUUUUUUUGUGAAUUAAAGGAAUAUUCCGGGCUCAUUACAAGUUAAGCUCAAUCGACAGCAUUUGUGACAUAAUGUUGAUUGACUCAUCCCUCCUUUAAAUAAAGUACAAAUCGAGGUUACAGUGAGGCACUUACAAUGGAAGUCAAUGGGGAAAAUGGAAGUCAAUGGGGCCAAUUUUUGGAGAGUUUAAAGGCAGAAAUAUGAAGCUUAUAAUUGUAUAAAAGCACAUACAUUAAUUCUUCUGUUAAUAUUAUAUACUGUAUAGUAUUAUUUGAGCUGUAAAAUCAUUCAAAUCAUUUUUACAGUCAUUUUAGGGUUUUGGGGUUUGUUGACAUUACAUCAUCAUGGCAAUCUUGUAAUAUUGGGUAUAACUUUACACGGAAAAGGUUAGUAAGUGAUUUUAUGAGGGCUGGGUGGUAUGUAAAAAAUAUUUUAUUGAUAAUCACCUUAAAAAAUAUCACGAUAUCUGAUUAUCGAUUAUUUUUAUUUAUUUAUUUAAUAAAUAAAUAAAUAAAUACAAUUUUCUCCCAAUUUGGAAUGCCCAAUUCCCAAU